AUGGAAGAUGAUGCGAUUCAGGUUGACUCGCCCGAGCAAGAACCCUUCGACGAGUUCGACGACGACAUUGACGAGGAACUGAUCCUCCCCGGCACUCCCUCCCCAGCCUUUGAGCGCGCAAACCCGUUCGAUGCACUCGGUCGAAAGUCGCUCUCGCCCCAGCCGAAGAAGCGGAGGAGGCUUGUCAGGCCGAAGGAGAAGCCCAGGAGGGAACAGCUCGAUUAUCCCGAGUCGCUCCCGUACGAGACGGAGUCGCUUGAAGAGAUGGACCGCAAGUUGGAGGAGAUUGUCAGAAGGUUGAUUGACUGCGUCAGGGCGAAGGACUACGACGUUGGCUUCGUUCAAUGGAACCACCGCCUCGAGUGCUGGAUGUCGCUCAAGUACCCGAUGAAGCGCGACUUGCGGGCAAAGUUGGCGAAGAUGUACUUCGAGCUGUCCCUUCUUCCCGGCAUGGACGCCCGCCUCGUUGACCUGGCCGUCAACAUGGCCAUCUCGCUCCUCGAGCCGAAGAAGCGGAUCGACAUCUCCGACCUGCAGCUUCCCUGGCGGCAGCUCUACGCCGUUCUCGAGAAGGAGCUCUUCCCGAAGCAGCGCAAAACGGGCGUGACGAACGUCUCGACAACGCUCCUCUCGCUCGUCGAGUACUCGCAGCGCUUCUUCCCGCCUCACGAGAUCCCCGCCAUGCUCGCCGCCUUCCUUCCCCGCCUGAACCCGCAACUCAACUCGAUCAUCGCCUCGCAAGCUUUCUGCACCCACUUCCUCCCGACCUCACACCCGCAGUACUACCUCCCCGCCGUCUUCAAGCUGUGGGAGGCGUUCAGCUCUGAGAUUUACGACGAGCAGUGGCUCGACUUUGUCGAACGCCUCGCAGUGCUUCACGUCGACCCGCGCGUCUCGCACCCAGACAUCGUCGACGAGCUGCGGCAGAUGGCCAAGGACGCAGGCGAGUACGUCGAGGAGAAGCCCAGGGUCGAGGACUUGCUCGAGGAGCACACGUACAGUCACCGCAAGACGGGCAUCCCGGCGUACAUCUUCGGAAUGCAGGAUGGCAUGACAACGCCUGGAGGGUCGCCUGCCCUGCCCAAAUGGCGCGGAAUCCGCAAGGAUGUCGGCAUCUUCACCGAGCAGCAGUUCGCCUUCAUCAUGACCAAGUGCUUGCGGGCGAUGGGCGUUCCUGUCGGCGGCGGUACGAAGGCUGGUGCGUCCGGAGUCGCGGCAUCCGACUUUGCGACGCAGGACAGCGCCGCUCACGGAGUCGCGCUCACGAUGAAGCGGCCGACCGAGAAGCUUGGCUCCUUCGCCGCCGUCAUCGUCUACUCGAUGGCCGCCGACGCACGACCUUCCGGCUCGACCCCGUUCGGCUCAAAGGCGCCGUCUCGCAGCGGCUCACGCAGCAAUUCGCCGACACGAGGAGCGAAGGCGCCUGCGAUGGACGGCCCGAACGGCCUGCUCGGCGCAGUGUUCGGCGAAAAGAAGGAGCGCUCGUACCUUGGUGGCUCGAAGGCGCUCGAUGCGCUCGCGAAGCUCAUCCAGGCGACCGAAGGCUACUUCCACCCCUCGAACUAUGGCAAAUGGGCGCCCUUGCUCGGCCGCUUCCUUCAGAACGUGACGUGGGAGUUCCUCAAGCGGUGGACGGAGGAGCAGCGGAGCGACUGCCGCACACCGAGCGAGUGGCGCCUCACGCCCGAGAUCCGCCGCGAGUUCGUCAAGACGAUGCGGACCGUCGCCCUUCUUUCGAUGUUCUCGCGCGACCCGAUCACGAUCUCGAAUGCGCAGGCGGCGCUCAAGACGAUGGCGCUGCUCGAGCCGGAUCUCGUCAUCCCUCCUCUCCUCGAGCGAGUGUACCCAAGUCUCGAAACCCUGACGGAGACCCACCGCACGACCGCCUGCAUCACCGCUCUCUCCACCGUCUCCCCGCCAAUGAUCUCCCGCUCCAACUAUCCCGCCGGCGCGAAGAACCUCAUUCCGCUCCUCGAACUCUGCUUGCCCGGCCUCGACGUCAACGACCCGAUCAAGACCAUCUCCACCGCCAUGUUCGUAAUCCAGUCGUGCUCGCAGGUCGUCAUCGACGACUUGACCCGCCCGGAGCUGCAGCUCGACGGGGAGGGCGAGUACGGCAUGUCGCUCGACACGGUCGCGACGGCGUCCGAGGUGCCGACGAUCGCGCUGGACGAGGACGGGAACGGCGAUGGCGUCAAGCUUUCGAAGCGCGAGGAGGACGAGGCGCUGAGAACGAUGACAGCGGGCUUCCCGGACUGGGUGUCGAACUUUGUCCGGGGCGUCAUGGCUGUCUUUGAAGCCUUGCCGGAGCCUGGAAAGGGCAAUCGGAACGGCGGCAAGAUGGAGGACCAGAUGACCCAGACGCUCAUCGCCGCCUGCGACUUUGUCUGCGCCCAGCUCUCGCCGCACAUGUUCGACCUCGCGCUCGACAUCGUCUUCAACGAAGUCUCGAACAACGUGCGCACCAACUCGGCCCGCGCAACCUCGCAGCUCGUCUCGUGCUUCGCCCGCUCCGACUCGAAGAAGACGCUCGCCAAGUUCUUCCGGCUCUGCGACAUGAAGAUCCGGCAGGAGAUGGAGAGCGGGUCGGGCAGUACGCGCUCGACAAGGACGAAUAAUCCCAUCGAGAGCGACGCAACGCUGCAUUGGUGGAUCGGCCUCCUGACGGCGUGCGUGACAAAUUCGGGCGAAAACAUCCUCCGCUACAAGGCCGAGGUCAAGUCCCUCGUCCAGUUCCUCGUCGAGCACGCCAAGAGCGAGACCAGCUACACCACGACGGCGCGGGUCCUCUCGAUCUUGCUUAUGACGCUCACAAACACCUGGGUGCGAGACUACCGCUCGGUUAACGCCGAUGACUGGCGAAGCGAAGAGUUCCGCAAGCGCUCGCACGAGACCUGGGGUCGGCUCUACAAGGUCAAGGACGUCAAAGUCGAGUGGCACGUAUCGACGCAGGAAGAGAUCGACUUUGCGGUCGAACUUCUCCGCGACAUCGUCGUCCCGAUUAUGGACAAGCUCGACGCGCUCCUCGCAGAAGCGAAGGAGGACGACAAGCUCCUCAGCUUGCAGUGGGUGAACGACUUCUGCCGCUUCUGCAACAUCCUGCGGGCCUCUCUGUCCGGCAUCCCCAGCUUCGUCCUGCUCGGCCCGCCGAAAGACCUCGGCGAACCCGCAAGCGAUGCGGGCGACGAGGUUCCCGAGUUCAUCGACCACCUUCCUCGCUGCAACAUCGGCCUUCCCCUCAGCGACGCAAACGACCCUCGCCACGCCUUCGUUGCCGACAUUCGCACGCGCGCAGGCGAAUUCCUCCACAACGCCGUGCAGACGUUGAAGGUCUCGCAGCAGCAGGACACGAUCGACUGCAUCAAGAUGGUCGUCGCAACAAUUCGCACGCUCGAACUCGACUACCCGACCGACUCGAACCACCACAGCACCGUCAAGAAGAGCUAUGAGUUCGCUUUGAACGUCUCGCGCGUCACACGGAACCAGAAGGAGUUCCCGCGUUUCGUCUGGGUCCGACGAGCGAGCCUCUAUCACGCCUCCCGCCUCCGCAUCAACAGCUUCUACCGCAAGCGAUCGAAGCUCGACGACCUCCUCAUCCACGACCUCUGCGAGCUCUCGCUCAGCGUCUACCUCCAGGUCCGCAAGUCGGCUCAGAAGGGGCUCGACUCGAUGAUCCACUACUUUGACGGCACAAGGACGCUCAUCUACCCCCGUCUCUUCGACGCGCUCAAGCCCGGCACGGACCACGACGUCAUGAAGGGUGCGCUGUACGUCCUCGGCUCGAAGGCGCCACAAAAUUUCGCCAUCCUCGACAGUCGGCUGUGGACUCCGUACCUUCUCGCCAUCCUUGGCUGCCAGCAUCAGGAGCGACCGUCGGUCCAGAACCUGGUCCGUAGCGUCACGCACGACUUUAUCAUUCGCACCGGCGAGCCGUCUACUCUCAAGAACACGGUCGAGUCCGAAUCGCUUCAGCAGGCGGCGGACAGCGUUGAGGAGAUGAUCUCGAUCGUCGAGGACCAGGAUCUCGUCGAGCGUGUUGCGCAGAAGGUCCAGGGGCGCACGGCACAGAAGAAUGCGGCUUACGACCAGCUGAUUCCCGAGCUCUUGCGCCUCGCCAACGACCCGAACACGCAUUGGCGGUACAAGCUCACUUGCACCCGACUCUUGCGCGCGUUCAUCCGUCGGGACCAGCCUCAGCGAACGACAAUCGCGAGCUACAUGGCGCAGCAGCUCGUGUCGGAGCUUCCGAACCAGCGCACGCACUCGAUGCUCGCGCUCACGAAGAUUCUCCACUUCAUCAAGCUGCGCACGACCUGCAGCGGGUCCGACGAGUGCCUCCUCCUCCAGAAGACGUCGAAUCCGCUCCGACGCAAGGUCGAGCUCGAGCGCCCGUUGCCGCCCGACUUCACCGCGAAAUUCAUCGCGAGCUUCACGGAACCGCUCUCCAAGGACACCAAGCUCGUCGACAAGGGCAACACCGGCGGCUGGCUCGUCUGGGGCGACUCGAUCGACUAUUACGAAGUUCCGCCGGAGGAAGGCUCCGUGUUCGACUGGGAUCACUCGUCGCAGGAAGCGCUCGACCAGCUUCGGGCCAUCGUUUUGCAGCCGUCGUGGUGGGACACCUUCGUCGGCCACCUCGCCAUGGAGAAGAGCAUCGACUACCUCGCCGCCGACGUCUGCAUGCUCAUCAAGUCCAUCUUCCAGGUGUUUGAGGACGCGCCGUGCCAGUGGGUUCUUCCGGCCGUCGACGACCUCCUUGCGGACCCGGCGAACCGUCACAAGCAGCGCGCGGCCGGCGAACUCGUUGGUGGUAUGAUCCGCGGCAGCAAGCACUGGUCGCUCAGGAAGCAGCGCAUGCUGUGGGACUGGCUCGGCCCGAAGCUUCCAUCCAUCUUCGAGAAGAACGUGACUCCCGAGACGCAGACGGCCUGGGAGAUGUGUGCCGAGUACAUCCUCAACGCCCGCGACCCGCGCCGCAACAAGCCGCUCGUCGAGUACAUUACCUCGCUCAAGAUCGACGAGGAGUCGUCCGAGGCGUUCAAUGUCUCCAAAAAGCAGGACCUCGUCGGCACGGCAAUGAAGGCGCUCGGCUGGCACUUCACGCCGUGGGCCAACGGAUACAUCGAAAUGUACCUCGCCAACAUCGCCCACCCGUACCAGGAGGUCCGCGGCGCCGUCGCCGACAACCUCCGCACGCUCUGCGAGCAGCUCCUCUUCCCGUCCUACGGAUCGGUCGAGCAGUUUAUCCGCGACUCGCAGCGCGUUUACGACGACCGGGCCAUCCGAAGCCUCGUCGCCGUCGAUGACAAGUACGAGGCGCGUAUCGACGACAUCGGCCGCCGCUUGACCGAAUGGCGAGCCGAGCGCAGGCCCGCCAGCGAGGGAACGUCGACGUACGACAAGGCGAGCAUGACGGUGCUUACCUGGAUUUGGGGCAGCAUCAGCGAGGUCCGGACCAGCUCGGCUUUCCCGUUCAUCACGAAGCUCCUUCCGGAAUUCUUCCGCAUGCAGGAGAGCACCGACAACCAGGAACUGAGCCGCAUGGCCGGCCGCGUCCUCCUCGCGUGCGCCGCCCUUCAGUUCCCUCAACACCUCGUCGCGCCUCUCAUGAAGCAGUUCAUCUCGCUUCUACGGGACUCGCCGAGCUGGCGUGUCCGCCUCGACGUCCUCCUUCCGCUGCAAGUUUUCUACUACCAUCACCUCUUUUUCCUGAGCGACGGCAUAAUCACCGAGCUGAUGGACCAGCUCUGCGACCUGCUUCGCGACCCGAAGAUCGAGGUUCGCGAGGCGGCGGCCUCGACCCUGUCCGGCAUCAUUCGCUGCUCGCAGCGCAGCGCCAUUGUCUCGCUCAUCAGUCGCUUCAUGAAGACCCUCCGCUCGACGAAGAUCCCGAAGCGGCGAGAUGCGCAAGGCAACGAAGUCGCUGGCUACCAAGACGCCCUCGUCACAGCUCACUCGGCCGUCCUCGGCGUCUCCUCGCUCAUCAAGGCCUUCCCCUACGAAGUCCCGCCGUUCAUCCCGUCCAUCCUCAUCGAAUGCAUGUCGAAGCACGCGGCGUCGCCGCCUCCCCUCUCAACGACAGUCCGCACGACGCUGGCCGAUUUCAAGCGAACCCACCAGGACUCGUGGGAGACGGACCAGAAGGCCUUCACGGCGGAGCAACUCGCCGACCUGCACGACCUCCUUGGCCACGGCUCCUACUACGCAUGA